UGGAUACAAUAUGCCUGAUUCUGUUUACAGUUUUGUUCUUGGCUAUAUUUGGGGUUGUAGUUCAUCCAAUUCUAUUCUAUUUCAUCAACACCGAUAUAUCUCUUCUAAUGUUUGUGUGUCACCUUAUCGUAGACAAUACCUUGGGAGACCUCGUUUCCAUACCUCUCGAGUAACUGUUCCUCAACGAUAUAUUUUUCGGUUUCAUCUUACUGCCAACUUUUGUUCGUUGAUUGAAAACAAAACACUGUUAGAAAAUAUUGAAAGAUGGGGAUUCCAGAGCCCACUUCCCAUACAAAGUAGUGCCAUUCCUUACAUCAAACGAGGUCUUGAUGUGACGCUUGGUUCCCACACAGGUAGUGGAAAGACUUUGGCCUUUCUUCUUCCUAUCUUGGAGGGAAUCAACGUUCAACAUAAGCAACCUCAGGUGUUCAUUAUUGAACCCACUAGAGAAUUGUGUGUACAAAUAGCCAAAGUAUGUGAGUCACUUGCUAGCAAUAUGGGCAUUAGAAGUAUAUCUCUUAUUGGAGGAGCCAAUAUUCAACGUCAGAUCGAUAGUCUAAAAGAAAGGCAACCUCACAUCGUGUUGGGUACGCCUGGACGACUUUAUGAGUUGUUAAUAGAGAGGCAUAUUUUGAAUGCUACUCAAGUUUCUAUCGUCGUAAUCGAUGAAGUGGACCACUGUUUGGAUAUGCCCAGCAAUGGAGAGAAAUUGGAAGCUUUGUUGCAACGUUGUGCAUCCAGAAAACAAACCAUAUUUUGUUCUGCUACUUGUUCAUCGCAAUGUGUUGUUGAAGCAUCUAAAAGAUAUCAAAACAAUGCAGUCGUAUUGGGUUCUGAAUGGACUCCUCAUGGUGUGCCUCAAAAUAUCCAUCAUUUUAUGAUAACCACUUCAAAACAUAAACAUUUGGAAGCGAUAAGAAGUAUUUUAUUUGCCCAUCCGUUGCCUAGUGCUGUAAUCAUAUUUGUGAAUGAUCAACAUCGAGCAGGAGUGAUAGCUUCCAAGUUACAGGAAUUUAAAUUAAAGGUGACCUACAUGCAAGGCAAUCAAACUAAAAUGGAACGUGCCAAGGUACUGAAAGAUUUUCGCCAACUCAAGUAUCCCAUAUUGGUAUGUACAGAAGUAUUGGCGAGGGGAAUGGAUUUUCCUUUUGUUUCUCAUGUCAUUCAAUUGGAAUUGCCUACCGAUGCUCAACAUUAUUUACAUCGUGCUGGAAGGUGUGGUAGAGCAGGUGUAACUGGUUUUUGUUUUUCGAUUGUAUCUCCAGAAUAUCAAUUUGUGAUGAGAAAGUUUUCAAAGGCUUUGAAUAUUACCAUUCAUUCUGUGGAGAUCAGGAAUAAUAAGAUAUUUAGUAAAGGCAGGGAAUGGGUGUUUGAAACCAGCAAUUUAUUACCUCCUAAUGAGGUCCAUCGAGACAAAUCAUUACCUAGAAUACCGGAAAUGGAGGCACAGCUUGAUCAAUGGAUAAAAGAAUUGGAAGAUGCUGAAACAUGGGAAGAUGUAGAGAAUAUAGAUAUGGAUGAUGAAUAUCUAGAUGGAGUAUCCGAUGGUGAAGAAUCGAAGACAGUUAUUGUGGAACCAUCCAAUGUUCCCAUGGAAGUUUCAUCUAAUAAGAAGCCAACUAGAAACGUACAAACACAAAAUAACAACGGAAAGAAACAUCAACAACUUGACAAAAAGAAAAGAAUCACAGCAAUAGCUCGUCAACAAGGUUGGGUGGGAAAUCGUGAAUAACUUUACCUUUUGGAUUGGGCAU